CAUAAAACUUCAAAGAAUUAUCAUCUUUUCAUACCUGACAAAUUACGGAUAAUUUCUAUUGAUACGAAUGGGCUAGCACCUUUCCAAUAAUGGGGUUUCCUUCCUCUCUCAGAGAUGAGAGGCUCGUUACCGCCGGCCUUGGCCUAGCUGCUGUAGGCUUGCUCAUCGGCAUGAGAGCAGUCUUAGAAUACUACCGAGACGAAGCUGAGAUCAAGCCGACGCCACCAAAGACCCAGUAUAUCACCCAAGAAACGGAAGACUCGCUUAGAUUAGAUACUCUGGACAAUCUCCUCGGCCACUACAACUUUGCCAUACGAGACACUACUUUGAAAAUUAUUGCUGGUCGCGCUGUUCAUGAUCCCUCAACUAUCUAUAGCCUUCUAUGGGGUAUCACCCGAGAGAACUAUGAUGAACGCAUGGAGGCUUUGAGAGCUCUCGCAUUUGCGAUGGAGGAUAAGGAUACGUAUCAGGAGCCUUUGAACAUGCUUCAUUCCCGGAAGGCUUAUAGCGCCUUAGUCAGGUCGCUGGAGUUAUCCGUUAACGAUAUGAAACAUGAGAAGCUUGACGACCCUUUAUAUGACGAAUAUUAUCUACGGGAUAUUGGCGAACGGCGAUGCCUUAUGCUAGUUUCGCAGCUGGUUCAUAGAUACGGCGUCGACAAGUUAAUCGAAGCUGGGUUUGUCGAGAAGUGGUUGGCGAGGCAACCGUGGGGGGAUAGCGACGAAGAACGGCAGAACAAUUUUGCCAUGUACUUGGAUCGGAGAAAGAACCGGAUUAGCGACAUCUGCUUCCACCUAAAAACAACUAAGGCGGGUCGCAAAGCCUUAUAUAAGGCGAAGUUGGCGACUAAGCCAAGGCGAUCGAAGCGGGACAGGUCAAGUCGCAUUAAAGUCGUCUUGGAGAUCGAUAUGACGAACGAAGACAACCAAGAUGAUGCAUUACGAGCCGAACAUGUUCCUCGUUUGAAUGAGCAGAGUGCCGAGGAGCAACGGUUACGCAGAAGACACCGAGAGGCUAUGGUAUUAAAUGAUGGAACGCAUUCACUGGGACGAAGUGAUAUUAUUGAGCGAACACAUGACCCUAGUGGAUAAGCGUAAUCUGCUCUUCAUUACCAAGUCUUUUGAAUGGGUUCGUGCCUAAUGUGUAGCAAGUCUGGGAACGCACCGAGAUUGAUAUACAACCAACUACUUAUGAACGGCGUUGACACGAAGAUGCUGGCUUCGUAAGUUGUUUUAAGGGCGGGAUUCUUGAGUGGAGCAAGAGUAAACUUUGGACCAAAAUUACCUCUAAACCAAACCGAACUGUCGUCGUCAUGCGUGAUGUUGAGAGA